UUUCUUCCUUUCUCAUACCGCUAAGCCCUCCCUCCCUCCUUUCUCUCCGCUCAGCCGCCGUCACUCACUCUGUUCUCUCUCUUUCGGUCUCUGUCUGUCUCUUCUCUCUCCCUCUCUAUCUAUCUCUUUGCGUGCGCACAGUUACACUUGCGAAGCAAAAUGAUAAAGCGGCGAUUCUACAAGCUAGAACAUGGCGACAGAGAUGGUCCCUCGAAUUCAUCUUCAUCCUCCUCGGAUUCUGAAAUAGAACCAGAAGCCAUAGAGGACUCAGAUGAUGAUGAUGAUGUGGUUGAAGAACUCGAGGAGGAUGCUCAGGCUUGCUCUACCUCCUCUGGAUAUCAAAGUGAGGAUAGCUCAGCAAAUGAAGUUCCUGAUGACUCGUCAGAUCUGCCAAUCAAUGAAGAUGAUGCUAAAACCGGAAAUGAAAGACAAGUUCCUUUGGCCAAUCAGUUGUUUGGUAAAAGUGGUUCGGAAAUACUAGAGGAACAAUCUAACAUCGUGGCCAACGAGGAAUCUUUACCAGUUGAUUUCCCAGACUGCGUUGUCAAAUGCAAAUCAGCUUUUAAAUGCAGGAUAUGCCCUAGAGUUGUCUGUUUGAAUGAGGAGACUUUAAGGGCUCAUUUGAAAUCCAAGAGACAUGCUCGGUCUGAGAAAUUAUUGGACGAAGGUAGGUUGAAGACCAUGCUGAACACUGAUGGGAAAAUUGAAGAAGAGGAGACCCCUGCUUUAUAUGCUAGAAUUUUAGCUAAUUCGCAGGGUAUGCCGAGAAAGAAAAGUAAAAGAGAAGAGAAGAAGGUGUCAAGAAAGAAGAGAAUGAGAUAUGGUGCUAAGAAAUCCAAAGAGAACCCAGCCAAGAGAAAUCGUAAAUGAAGUACUGAGAACAUUACAUUUGUUUGCCAUCCUGCGAGAGAAGACAACUGCGAGAAAGCAAAUGCGGAUUUUGCUGGCUUGUACUGAAAUACUGCAGCCCCUUUGAAGAUUUUCAUCACUUUUGAGUAAUGUAGCUAAACAAUCAUUUUAAUAAUUAAUUACUUUACUCUGUUGUUUUGUUGUCGCGAAAUUUUGGGGUUAGCAUGAAAUUUUUUCCUUGCGAAGUUUUGGUAUCCAGUUGCAGAGGUUUUUGUUAUCAGGAGAAGACAAUCAGGUUUUGCAUUCCUGAAGUUGUUUAUUUAGGCUACGCGGAAUUUAUAAUAGAAUGCGUUUGGAUAC